UAAACUCAUUACUUUUCUGACUGCAGAUAUUUGUGAUUCUGGUUUUGAUUCUGCUCUAAGUAUCAAGAAGAUGGUCAUCAAUCGAUCAGGGAGAACUCUGUUUAUGUUUUCCUUUACAUCACAGGUGUUGACAUUAGUCUGGUCCCAGAUGUGUCCUCGAAGAUGCCAGUGCCCUGAGGAGCCACCCAUGUGUCUCCCAGGGGUGCCCCUGAUCCUGGAUGACUGUGCCUGCUGCUUGGUGUGCGCCCAUCAGAGAGGGCAGCUCUGCUCUGAAAUGAAUCCCUGUGACACACGUAAAGGACUGCAUUGUGACUACACAGCUGAUGUCCACAAGCGGAUUGGUAUCUGUGCUGCUCACAAAGGACGAGUGUGUGUUUUGGAUGGCUCUGUCUACCAGGAUGGCCAGACUUUCCUCCCCAGCUGUAAGUACCAGUGCAUGUGUCAUGAUGGGCAGAUCGGCUGCAUACCUCGUUGCAACGUGGACAUAAUGUUACCUGGGCCCGACUGCCCCAUGCCAAGGAGGAUCCAGGUGCCUGGAGAGUGCUGCGAGAAGUGGGUGUGUGAGCCUCGUGCUGAGGCCAGUGCACUGGGAGGCUUCGCCAUGGCAGCCUAUCGUCAGGAGGACACAGUGGGCUUUGAUGGCUGGGACCCCAGCUUGAACUGCAUUGAGCAGACCACAGAGUGGGGUGCCUGCUCACAAACCUGUGGUAUGGGGCUGUCCACUAGAGUCACCAACAAGAACCGCCAGUGUGAGAUGGUGAAGCAGAGUCGUCUGUGCAUGAUUAGACCCUGUGACCACCAGCAGGACCACAUGCACCUGACACAGGUUGCACUCCAGAGAGGCAGCAGGUGCCAGAGGAUGGUGAGGAGCGACAAAGCCGUCCACCUCUCCUACAAGAACUGCACAAGUGUCCACGCUUACAAGACUCACUACUGUGGCUCCUGCACAGACGGUCGCUGCUGUACCCCCCACAGAACCAAGACUGCCCUGGUGGAGUUCCAGUGUGCCAAUGGCAAAAACACCAGGAGGCUGGUCAUGGUGAUUCUGACCUGUGCCUGCCACAGCCACUGUCCCCGAGACAACACUGUGUGGCAGCCAUCAGAGCUGGGAUACAACAGUAUGAGCUUAUAGGUCAGAGUCGCGGUGAGAACAUAAUGAGGAUAUAAUGAACAGUACCUGAUGACUGCGAUCACUGACUUGUUUGUUUGAAGAACAGUAGCAUUCUCUUCACUCUAAAGCAUGAGUUGCAUUAACUCUAAAUUUUAGAUUAAAACAAGACAUUCCACAAUAUAAUAUACAGUCGAACAGUCCUAAACUGUACAGUACAAGACCUAGAACUCUCCUGCAGAAGGAUCUGACUGUGUAACAUCCUCUGGAUAAAUUAGUGCCACCAUUGUUAAGUAAAGCAUUUAAACCUUGAAUGUUUAUCAGGUAGAGCACAACAGACUAUGGAUGGACAGUUGUUUGUACAUGGUCUUACAUACUUGUAAAAGGAGAAUGAGAGGUUUAACUUGAAACAUCCUCUAAUCAAGGGGUCAAAUAGAACUGUUCAUCCUAAAUUGCGAAGAUGAUAGCUAUGGCAAUAUAAUGUAGCCAUUAGCCUCCAGUAAGUAUUUCAAAAUGAAUUCAUGACAUACUGACACUUUGACUUCUAAAUAUAAAGAAAGAUAAUACUGUAAUCCCACUGUUUUCACACUGAUAUAAUAGAAAAAGAAAAAAGGCAGAGGGAAAUGCAGGAUUAUAAUCUGAGUUCUAAACCUUUACUGUCACUGCCAUGAAAAAUUUCCCGCUAUGAGACACUUUUUUGUAAUAGUUGGACUGUGUACUUUGACCUGGUCCAAAUCGAGGGCUCAAACUAUAAAACAAAGGUCACUGUGGUGGCUUAGCGUCAUUUCUAACACCUGCCUGAAAUCCUACCCCUGUUGCAAAAUGUAUGUCUAUGUUCUCAUCAAUACAUGCAAAUGUAUGUUUUGAGCCCUAGAAGGGAUAUUGUUUCUCUGUUUAUUGUUAAAGGUAGUGCACCUAAGCAGCAGCUAUUUUUAUAAUGACAAAGGUUUUGUAAAUACUUGCUGUAUUGCUUGUUUGACUGAGUGUUUAUUAAAUACACAGUGUUGAUCCGUAAGAGUGAAUGAAUUCUGUUAUACCAAUAUGCUUUUCUUAAAACCUGAAAUAUACUCCUCACUUUUGUUCCUAUAUCUAUCUGAACAAUACUGCUAAACUCAACAUUUGAAAUUAAAUUUAUAUUUUGAUAUUAAAUUCCUUUCUUGUAAUUUAAUACUAAAAUCAUCCUUUUCUUAAUGCUGCUGGUGGGAACGAAGAAUCUGGAAGGGAUAUAUUAUACG